AUGGCCGAACUCUUCAAAGGAUAUGAAAAUGACUUUUCUAACUUCCCCUUCUGGAAGUGAUCGAAAAAUUUUUGUUUUGGAUGUGUGGGCUUCACCUAAAAAAUAGGGAUUUUUUCCGGUAUUUUCGUACAUUUUACGAAGGGGGAGUAAGUAUAUUGCCAGCGCAAAUAAAAAAGUUGCAACUCUUCCUGCAUCACAGCAGCCAGACACUCUUAUAUCAGAAGCAAAAAAUGAUAUCCAAGAAGCUGAACAUUGACUUCGCCAAAUGGAAAAUGAAAUAAUCUCUCUUCCGCCUAAUGUUUCCUCUCAAUACCAGCCUCGAUUAAAGCGUCACCAAGAAAAUCUUUUAAACCUAAAAAAAUCCCUUACUCCUCCAUGAGUUUACAAAAUAAUUUUGUUCGCUUGCUAAAUUAUUUUAAAAUUUAUACAUGAAUUUUAUAGUAAAAAUAUUUUUAAAGCAAAUAUUAAUUUAAAUUAUAAAAUUUAUGCUUUAAAAUGCAAACAGAAUUAGCCAAAAAAUUCAUUAUAAAAAUUAUCGCUAAUUUAAAAAAAACAAUUAUUCUACCUAAAAAAUAGAGAUUUGUCACAAUAGUUUUGUUCGCUCUAAGAGGGGAGUUAAUAAUGAGCAAGCCCGUAAAAACAAAGUCGACCUUAUAGGAAAUGCAGCUGGCGUUGACAAAAGAACAGGCUUGAUCUCUCAAAACGAGUUGUUACAAGAAACAGGUGAAACAUUAGAAAGAACCUACAAAGUAGGCAUUGAAGCUGAAACCACCGCAAAUAACACUAUGAAUGUAUUAAAAGGCCAAAGAAUUCAGCUCCAAGGGAUAAAUGACAAAGUCAACGACGUCGGAACUAACGUGAAUAAAGCGAACCGUGUGAUCACCUCUAUGGACAGAAGACGUAAAUGGAUGAAGCUGAUAAUGCUUGUCAUCAUUGUAUUACUUAUGAUUGCAAUAGCCAUCGCUUUGUAUAUUAAAGUUGGAUAA